UACUUGUCGGCUUAGUGCCACUUUUUUUAAUUAUUUAAAAUCUACAUUUCCACUUUCUCUCUGUGAUCGAUCAAUAAUAAUAAAAAAAUGAACUUUGCAUUAGCUUCCACUUUCCGACCAUCUAUACCGCCGGAAUCUUCACUUUUCCCCCGGAAAAUCGAUCGACCCAUUAUUCUCCGGCAUAAAUGGAAGUGGAAACUACAAACUUCUACUUCAGAGACUAAAGGUAGAACGAUUACUAUGGCUCUAAAAAAGGCAAAAAUUGAAGGGGUUAGUGAAGCUUUAAAUGAAAUUGCUUCACAAAAUUUGGAUCAUGCUCCUGCUAGAAGAAGGGUUCGUUCAGCUUUUGUUAAUGCUCAACAGCAGCUUGAUCAUAUCUUGUUUAAGAUGGCUCCAGGUGAUAUCAGAUUAGAGGAGUGGUAUGAAACAAAUUCGAAAGGCCAACAGAUUUUCUGUAAAAGUUGGCUGCCAAAGCCUGGCAUACGAAUUAAAGGUGCUUUGUGCUUCAGUCAUGGAUAUGGUGAUACUUGCACUUUCUUCUUUGAAGGUAUUGCAAAGCAUAUAGCGGCUGCUGGCUAUGCUGUCUAUGCUAUUGAUCAUCCCGGUUUUGGUCUCUCUGAUGGUUUGCAUGGAUAUAUUCCUGAAUUUGAUGGUAUAGUUGACAAUGUCAAUGAACAGUAUGUGAAGAUUAAAAGUAGGCCAGAAGUUAGAGGGCUUCCCCACUUUAUAUUUGGGCAGUCCAUGGGAGGUGCAAUUGCUCUGAAAGCUCUUCUUAAGGAACCACAUGAAUGGGAUGGAAUUGUCCUUGUCGCGCCAAUGUGCAAAAUUGCAGAAGACAUGACGCCACCAGUUCCACUGCAGAAAGUCUUGAUUUUCUUGUCGAACAUUAUGCCACAAGCAAAGAUAGUCCCUACGAAAGAUUUGGCGGAAUUGGCAAUCAGGGAAUUCAAGAAAAGGAAAAUGGCUCCAUACAAUGUAAUCUCUUACUCCGAUAAAACACGCGUGAAAACUGCUGUGGAACUCUUAAAGGCUACAAAAUACAUAGAAUCACAAGUGGAAAAGGUGGCAUCCCCGAUGCUCAUUCUUCAUGGAGCAGAUGAUAAAGUGACGGAUCCUCGUGUGAGUCAGUAUCUGUAUGACAAGUCUUCCAGCAGUGACAAAACUCUUAAGCUCUAUGAUGGAGGGUAUCACUGCAUUCUUGAAGGUGAACCUGACGACCGGAUUCUUACUGUGCUCAACGACAUUAUCUCAUGGCUUGAUUCUCGGUGCUCUUCGAAUUAGUCUUCGGUUUUAAAGGGGUUUUGCAGAGACAUUUCUUGUUGAAACCAACACCAUUCAUCUAGUUUUAGGAAAUGUGAUUUUAGACAAUAAAAACCAAAUUCAGAAUGGGAUAUAGGCAAAUGACAAUUUUUUGGAACUGCUAUUGUUAUUGAUAAAGGAAUGAAGCAAAGGAGGAUUGGUUAUGUGAUACAUGAAACCAUAAAAGCUAGUAUGUAGAUUUGCCAAAAUCUUAUGGAGGGCUCAUUGUUAAUCCUCUUUACCUCUUCUCUUGUGAACUUUGUUGUUCAGACACUCGAAAAUGCUUCUACACUUUGCGGGAACUCU